UUCGGGCAUGGCUACAAGCCUUGAUGACUAAGAUUUCCGCUGGGGAUCUCGCUCCAUUCGGCAAACCGAAUGGGACAUGCGCCCCUUGACUCGAGCUCCGAUUCAAACUCCCACGAGAUAACCUACGUCGCCAUUUUUUAUUUCGAAAUUCUUCUCCACAUUUUCUUCCUCGCGAUCGUUCGAUUUCUUAUUUUCUUCGAAAAUAGACCGGGAGAAUCGCGGAUUUAAAGGAAAAUCGAUCAACCGAUGUCCCAGAUAUUUGGGAAUAUUUGACUGACCCUCGCGUCCAAAUGGAAACAAUGACGAGAAGUUUCUAAUCGAAUGAAAAAGCAAGUUCGCUUCCCGUUCUACUAUCUUUUUUAUUCGUCGGUUUUUCCUUCGCGAAAACAAUGGGACGAACGGCAGAGGCUUUUUGUUCAAAUCGAGACUCCAAUUGGGUUACGUAGGCAAUUUGCGAGGGCGGGAAAAUCCUCGUGACAAUAGACGCGGCUCCACACUCCCACUUAUUCACCCAUAAAACAAAAGAUAUUAAAUUGUAUCUCGUGCAGUUGCGAUCACGCUUGACUAGCUGGACGCAAGCACUCGUGUAUCUUCGUUAAAGAGCUUAGGGCGAAUCAAUAAUCGCUUGACAAGCAUCCUCACAGCGCGAUUGGCCUUCAAUCGCUGACUAAUUCAUCGAAUUAUAAUCCUCGGUAUUUUUUCCUCUCCCUCUUUUCAUGCACACUACGAUGUACAACGCUUUACUCAUGUUUUUCAAGCAAGUUUCACCUUCAACCGUACCCUGUGGACCGUCCAACAAAAUCAUGAAAAUGCAAUGACAAACAUUCGAAAUUCGUGAAUUUACAGACGAAAAUCGCCCCCGAGUUCAAAGAUAUUUGAAAAAAUCUGAAAAUCAAUAAAUUGGCCAAAACCAAAAUCGACCUCGAAAGUCGUGAGCUGAGCUCAAGAAAAUGUUCUCGGUAAAAUAAAAUCUUUUGAUAGCACUAAAAAUGAAUUAAUUAAAUUCACCCCAUUCGUGUUUAACCGCACGUGAGCCUUUCGUUGACGAACAAAGUUUUUAUCUCGGCGCCCUAGUCGAUGUAACGAAGAAGAGAGAAUAAAAGGAGAAAAGAAAAACAUGAAAAUCUCGUAUAUUGAUUCACCUGGAAACCAAAUCGAUAUUCGUGCGAGGUACACAGCGGCUCACUUCGUUUUACCGGAUUCUCCAACUUUGUUUGGUCAGGUGGUGUACGUGUUUUAGUACGCGAGUGUUGAUGCAUGUAGAAGAUGAAACGUACACAGGUAUAAGGGCCUGCCUCCAUGUUAAUGUUACUAUAACAUAACUCUCUUGGAAUGGUUGUAGACAGCGAUGAGAGACGCACGAGUUCCUUAGGGGCGCGCCUUCACCACCCUCAGAACGUCUUUCAAAAUCCACCGUGAUCGUUCGAGCCCCGGGCUCUCAUGAAGCCCGUGCAAACUUUGUUUCAAGAUAAAUUGAAUAAAAGUUCCAAGUGCCACUAAACGUUCGUUGAGAUUGUUUUCGUCUCUUUGUUUCGCUCAACGAUCUUGAUCAAUUGUUGCUCAAUUGGGUUAUUCAGUUUUGUGAUUUUCUGCUGAAAAAUCGGGACGAGAUCGAUCAUGGAUCGAGGCCGGGAUAGUGAUUCGUCGGAAGGUUCCAUCGAAUCGGAAGAAACGAAAUUUGCCGAUGAACCUCAAACCGUUCCAGACAAACCCGUCGACUAUUCUAAAUAUUACAACGAACAAAAGAGCUUGUUUCCGGAGCUCUAUCGAAGCGACGUUUCCAUUCAUCCCAGUUACACCGGCCUGAAGACUUUACCUUUUUACGUGAUAUCUCGACGUCGAGCAGCGAGAAAAAAGAGGCAGAUGACGCGUCAACUCAAUUGGGAGAUACUGCACAUGGCCAUGAUGCAGAGUUACGCACUCGCUGGAGUCAGAGUCGAUCGGAUCUUCAGUUUAGGUUACCCACCGAAAUCGACUAACGUGCCGGAUUUCGCGACGAGUGAGGAACGUCUGCGAAUCAAUCAGCUCAUAUUCGAAAGAUGACUUGAAAAACGACGACCGAAUCCAACGGAAGUUGUGAAUAAAUGAAGAAUUUUGAGAAUAUUCCAUUUACACCAGCACCGGGCUGCAGGAAUUUUUUCAAUGCCUGCUUCGAGUAAAUAUCUGUCACAAAAUAACGAGAAAAAAACAAUGAAAUAUGUCAAAUAUCGUUGUCACGCAAUAAAAUAUUGUUGGUUA